UCAUCUCUGACCUUUCACCUACUUCACAGGGCUCGGAGGGAGCGGUUGGUAUAAAGCUGUAUUAAAGCAGUUCAUUGGAGUUAGUGCACGUCGACGUGAGCCAGACCUGAAGUAAAAUCCAAACUGAAAAGCCUCCUGUAGUAUAAUUAAUUAUCUUACAUCCAGAAAAUUAUUUCAACAUUGUCUGAAGCUGAGACACCAUGUUGCCUGGACUUUCGAAAUGCCUGCAGAGGAUCAAGGCUCAUCCUGAAGGACUACAGGCCCUACAUAGAACAAUAAAGGCAAAAGUAUACCCUCCUCCUCCAAAUUUCACUGUUUGUCAUAGCUCACAGUUUACCAUGAUGGCUCCUUGUGUGGAAGGCAUGAACCCUUUAAUUCAAAAGGUUCAGGCAUUGCACAAGGACCGUUAUGUCAGCAUUCAGUGGAAUGAUGGCACACAGAGCUUAUAUCCUUAUGUAUGGCUUCGGGACAACUGCCAGUGCCCACUCUGUUUCCUGCAGUCUGCUAAGGCAAGGAAAUUCCUGAUGACAGACCUGGAUGUAACAACAGGAGUUGAAAGAGUUCUACUUACAGACCCAACAAAGGUAUCCAUUGUUUGGCCUGACCUCCAUACCAGUGUGUUUGAAGCUGAUUGGUUAAGGAAACGAUGCUUUUCACAACCUUCUAGAGAAAACUUACAAGAGAACCUAUUUUUAAACGAGCGCUAUUAUUGGAGCUCAGACUUGCGCAUUCCCACAGUCAGUUUCAAGAAGGUCCUAACUAAUGACCAAGCUGCAUUAUUCUGGCUGACCACCCUGCGUAGUACUGGUAUUGUACUUUUGAAAGGUGCAGACAUACAGCAAGGAGAGGUUGCAAAACUGUCUGAAAGGAUUGGUUACCUCCGCCUUACUUUUUAUGGCCACACUUGGCAGGUGCAAGAUAAAACGGACGCCAACAACGUGGCUUACACAUCUGAGAAGCUGAACUUGCACACGGAUUACCCAGCUCUUCACCAUCCACCAGGGGUCCAAUUUCUCCACUGCUUAAAGCAGGCUGUGGAGGGAGGAGAAAGUGAGAUUGUGGACGGCUUCCAUGUAGCUAAUUUGUUGAGGAAAACUAACCCAGAAGCCUUCAGCAUUCUUAGCUCUGUGAAAGUGGACUUCACUGACACUGGAUCUGACUAUUGUGACUUCGCUGUUCAGUCGAAGAACCAAAUUAUAGAUGUUGAUCGUGAGGGAAAUGUGGUACGUAUCAACUACAACAAUGCCACUCGUGACUCAGUGCUGAACCUUCCUGUUGAUCAGGUCCAGCCAUUUUACGAUGCCCUUAAAGCUUUUGUCAACCUCCUACACAGUCCAGAUAAUGUGGUGAAUUUCAGAAUGGAGUCUGGUGACAUUGUAACAUUUGAUAACUGGCGAUUGCUGCAUGGCCGCUGCAACUAUGUGUCUGAUCCUGACAGCCCUCGGCACUUUGAGGGGGCUUACCUUGACUGGGAUGAAGUGAUGUCAAGACUACGCAUCCUGAGGGCUGCAGUUCAGGGAGAAAACUGAAUUAAUAUGGAGUUGUUUUCUACUUUCAAGCAUUACCAGCAGUUCUUGCACUAAAAGUCAAAUCAACAUCAGGGUAUUGCAUCUUUAUCAAGGAAAGAGCUGGCCUUAAAGAUUCAAAGAAGCACUUUAAUUAUGAAGAGACUACUUAUGCUGAGAAAUUGAAGACUACAUACAAAUUCCAAACUGCUGUUUGAAUGUGUUGAAAGGCUACAGAAGUUUUUGUUUCAGGUCUUUAUUGUUUUUAAAUGAAGCUUGCAUGAAUAUUGUUCAGAUUUAGUAAACUAAAGUAUAAAGGUAGUAUGUACUUGAGGAGCAUUGUGAGAUUUUUACAAUUGUGAGUUUCUGCUAUUUGGCUUUCUUCAACCAACAGUCUAUCAGUUAUAGUCAGUUUUUUAAAAAUUAUGAUAAAUGUGUAAUGGUUAACACAGGAGAGUGAACAGUGGAGAAUGGUUAAUAGUUAACAGUGGAGAAUGGGUUAGCAUAUGGAAGCUGUAGACAGUCAGCUCACAGAAUGCCAUAUGAGAUUGACAGUAAAUACAUAGUGAAGCACAAAGUGUGUUCAGUAAGAAUGAGGAGCUACAAAUUGACAUUUGUGAUAUUCAGUCACUUCUAAAUGAGGCAUACAUAAUCAUCAGUGCCAGCUGAAGGAGUGCAGACCAUGAGCACAGCUAACAUUAAACUAAGACAGCCAUCAUACCACUUAUAAAUCAGAUUUGAGUACUAAAGUGUCAGUAAAUGCUGUGCUUCCAAUUAGUUUUGUUAAGGGCUUUAAGGCCUAAAGAAAUUUGUGAGCUCAAGUGUUCUGUGUGUUCACUACAGACACCUAUAAAAGAAUCAUGAACCUCUGAACAAAUUCUGUCUUGAGCAGAGAAGCUUCCAUUAACCACAGGGGGAUGAGCUACGCUAUAUAAAUUAUUAUUAUUAUUACAUUUCAACAUGAGUGGUACUUCACUAGAACAUGUUAUUUCAUUCUAGAACUCUGAUCUUCAACUCUCACCAUACCAGAGAGUCAUAUUGCCAAGGAUCUUUCUGGUGUUUUGCAAAAUAGACUGCAGAUUAGGGAAAAACUUAGAACUUGCAUGACAAUGCAAAUUUUUCUUCUUUUUCAUUGAUGCCUUCUGCAAGUAGAUACAAAAAAGUAUCAUUCCCAACUUGAAACUUGCUCAUACUCAUCACAUUUUGUAGUAUACAUCUAUACCUUUUACCAUAGUGCCGAGGUGAAUCAUCCAUUAAAUAUUAAGUAGCAUCAACUAGCGCCAGCCCUCACACAGUACUGCUGUGUUUGAUCAGAAGUUUGAAAGCUUGCAGCAGCUGUUAGGAAUAGGUGAAACAUGCUAAGGCUAAAACUUAAAUUGGCCCAGCAGCAGAUGGCCUUUACUAAAAUAUGCUGCCACUUCUUUGAGUUAUGAAUGUAUCACUGCCAGGUCAGAGGGGUGUCUAGUCACAGUCAGGCAUUCAGUAGUGGCACGUGGUCCUGCUCUAGAAAUAUUAGACUUUAAAAAUAUGUUUCUGAACAUACUCAGGUGUCACUUGGCACACAAAGACAAAGAACAGAAGAGACAAUGUUGCAUCUUUUUCAGAUUUAUGAUACAAACAUCUGAAAUUAAGUAUAGGAGACAUUUUGACUAGCAGCUAAAAUACCUGAAUAUAAAAUGUAUUGAUACAUUGGACGGGUGACUUUACUGGAAGCGCUGUUAGCCUUGAGCUUGAGAUCUGCAUACGUGGUGAGUUAAUUAUCAUCCACUGUAGACGUUUGAGUGCGAGAUAUGUAACAAAAUGAAGUACCAGCUUCCCUGCUGUCCUGCUAGGGAGAAGGAGGUUUAGAAAAUAGAUGGAAGUGGUACAAUAACAUGACACAUAGCUUAAGACAUCUUCUAACACAUUGUGCAAGUGAAGUGUCCUUUGUCAUCUGCUGAUAAACUUUAAGAAGAUAUGCAUUGCCUUCUCCCUGUGCAUGUACAGGUGCAGAAGUGUCACCCUAUCAUUUUUAAAUAGUCUCCUAAUGUGAAUAAAAGGGAAAACUACAGUUGUGUUUAAAAACACAUAAGUAAAUCACACCUGCAUCAAUCCUUAAAAGCUGAAUUUUUCUAUGCCUAAAAUCCUGGAUUUAAACAGACAAAAGAAGAAAGUACAAAAUGAAAGCUGUGGCUGUUUUGAUUCAAUGUAGAAUCUACAUGUUCCACUCAUGACUGUGCAGGUUUUCCUCCCAUACCACCAACGGUACUUUAGGUUUUCGGAUUUAAUGUGCGAGAAUGGUUAGCUGUAUUAGUAAGUGGGCUCCUUAUUGGGCUUGGCUACUGCCCCACCCCCUGUGACCCUGAAUUAAGCAGAUGUAAUAAUAUUAUGUUAAAAAAAUUGAAGAUUGUCUUACUAGUCUUUGCUGCUACAUUUGUUUUCUUCUGUCAUUUAAGAAUAGUCACUAUUAAAGAAUGAUUUAUUGUACAGAAAUUGACAUGAGGUCUUUUUUUUCUGUAUAGGAGAAAGCAAAGGAAUGGAUAAAUAUUACAAACAAUCUAAUUAUUAUUGUGUAUUCUUAAUUUGAAAUUCAUUGAAUGACACUUAACAGAUUUAUUACACAGGGAGUACAAGGUUUACUUUAACAUUAAGUGGCUGCCAUCGUUUUCAUAUCAACACCUUUUUUUUGCAUAUUUUGAUUGUAUUACAGUUAUGAAAAUGAGAAUAAAGAUGUGUUUAACUUAAA